UGUCUCUUCCGCCUUCUCUGUGGCACCGCGCGCGGUGUUUUCGCUCUGGGAUGCUGAGGGAGGAGAGGCAAACCAAGAUUCCAUUUUCAAGAUGGAAAGUCCAUCAGACUCAGCUGUGAUUUUACCAAGCACGCCACAGGCCAGUGCCAGGUCACCAUCUCCCCAUGCAAGUAGUUCAAGAAAACAACCUAUGAGUGCAACACUAAAAGAACGAUUAAGGAAAACAAGAUCUUCAUUUAAUUCCUGUUACAGUGUGGUUAAACGUCUUAAAGUAGAGGAUGAAGAGAAUGAUCAGACCUUUUCAGAAAAGCAAACAUCUUCAACAAAAGAAAACCACUUGGAAUUUUCAGAAAAUUUUAAACAUAUGGACAGUGAACUUGAAGAAAGUACAUAUUUAAAAAAUACUUUGAAGGAUAUUAAUGCAUAUGAGUCUAAAUCACUUGGUACUGGGUCAUGCAGUGAUCUCCAAACUGAUUUGGUGAAUGAGAAUAUUCCCAAACAAGGAUUAAAUGAAGAAAAGGUAAAAUUGAUGAAACAGAUUCAGGAGAAAGAAGACCUCCUUCGGAGACUGAAGUUAGUCAAAAUGUAUAGAUCAAAGAAUGACCUAUCUCAGUUGCAGUCCUUAAUAAAGAAGUGGAGACGCUGUAGCCAGCUGUUGCUUUAUGAACUGCAGUCUGCUCUCUCUGAGGAGAACAAGAAGCUAAGUCUUACUGAAUUGAUAGAUUUUUAUGGGUUAGAUGAUAAGCUGCUACACUAUAAUAGAAACGAAGAGGAAUUUAUAGACGUUUGAUUCAUUUUUUUCACCAGAAUGUCUUUGCUGAUGGCUUAAUCUAAGGGUGCUUAUACAUUUAAGCACCAAUACAUUUAAAACCAAUUAAGACUAAGAAUAAAAUAGAUCUGGAGCACAUUCUGACUUAUAAUCUUGUUCAUUCGUCAAUAAAAACAAUUCAUGAUAUUUGAUACAUUUA